UCCCCGUGUCCCCUCCGUGUCCCCCAGGAGAGCGUCCGGGAGCGGCUGAGCCUGAUCCAGGGUUUCCUGCAGGCGGAGGCGCAGCGGCGGCUCGGGGAGCUGGAGGCCAAGCUGCGCUGCCAGGAGCUGUCCGAGGAGCGGUACCUGGCGCAGGUGAAGGCUCUGCUGCACCAGGAGCUCUCGGCAACGGGCAACGGGGCCACCAACGGGGCCACCAACGGGGCCACCACGGCGCCCAACGGGGCCACCAACAGGGCCACCAACGGGGCCACCAGCAGGGCCAACGGGGCCACCAACAGGGCCAACGGGGCCCGCAACGGCGCCUCCGGCAGCGACGAGGAGCAGGACGGGGCCGGGGACAUGGAGGAAGGGGUGGCCUCCUCCUCCUCCUCCUCCCCGUCCCUGCCGGGCCCCGUCCCGAGGGCGAGGAAGGCCCGGAGGAGCCGAUCCAACGGGGAGAGCAGAAAGUCUCCGGCCAGUUCCCGGGUCACGCGGAGCUCCGGCCGCCCGCCCAACCAGCCCACCCUGCUCAGCCUCUUCUCCAAAGGAUCCAACAAGAGGAAGUCGGAGGAGGUGAACGGGGAGGCGAAGCCGGAGGUGAUGAUGAGCGUGGAGAAGGAGGAAGAGGAGCUGGAGGACAAGGAGCAAGAUGAGAAAAGGAUUAAAAUGGAAGCCAAAGACGGGUCGGAGCUCAAGGACGAAAUCCCUCAGGUCAAAAUAACCACCCCUGCUAAAACCACCCCUCCCAAGUGCGUGGAGUGCCGGCAGUACCUGGACGACCCCGACCUCAAGUUCUUCCAAGGGGAUCCCGAUGACGCCGUAAGGGCCCCGAAUCCUCCCGUGCCCGGGUCUCUGCCCCAGCACAAGGUCACCUCCUUCAGCGUCUACGACCGCAAGGGCCACCUGUGCCCCUUCGACACGGGGCUCAUCGAGAGGAACGUCGAGCUCUACUUCAGCGGCGCCGUCAAGCCCAUCUACGACGACAACCCCUGCCUGGACGGAGGGGUGAGAGCCAAGAAGUUGGGGCCCAUCAACGCCUGGUGGAUCACGGGCUUCGACGGCGGGGAGAAGGCGCUGAUCGGCUUCAGCACAGCCUUCGCGGAUUACAUCCUGAUGGAGCCCAGCGAGGAGUACGCGCCCACCUUCGCCCUCAUGCAGGAGAAGAUCUACAUGAGCAAGAUCGUGGUGGAGUUCCUGCAGAACAACCCCGACGUCAGCUACGAGGACCUGCUCAACAAGAUCGAGACCACCGUGCCCCCCGCGGGGCUCAACUUCAACCGGUUCACGGAGGACUCGCUGCUGCGCCACGCCCAGUUCGUGGUGGAGCAGGUGGAGAGCUACGACGAGGCCGGGGACAGCGACGAGCCCCCCGUGCUCAUCACCCCCUGCAUGAGGGACCUCAUCAAGCUGGCCGGGGUCACCCUGGGCAAGAGGUGUAACCACCCCCUGGCCCCGCAGAGCGACGGGAAGAAGGAUUACUACCAACGGGUCUGCAUCGACAACGAGACCCUGGAGGUGGGAGACUGCGUGUCCGUGAGCCCCGACGACCCCACCAAGCCCCUCUACCUGGCCAGGGUGACGGCCAUGUGGGAGGACAGCAGCGGGCAGAUGUUCCACGCCCACUGGUUCUGCCCCGGCUCCGACACGGUCCUGGGGGCCACGUCGGACCCGCUGGAGCUGUUCCUGGUGGACGAGUGCGAGGACAUGCAGCUCUCCUACAUCCACGGCAAGGUCACCGUCGUCUACAAGGCGCCCUCGGAGAGCUGGUCCAUGGAGGGCGGGCUGGACAUGGAGAUCAAGAUGGUGGAGGACGACGGCAGGACCUACUUCUACCAGAUGUGGUACGACCAGGAGUACGCCCGCUUCGAGACGCCGCCCACCACCCAGCCCAGCGAGGACAACAAGUACAAGUUCUGCAUGAGCUGCGCGCGCCUGGACGAGGUGAGGCACAAGGAGAUCCCCAAGGUGGCCGAGCCCCUGGAGGAGGCGGACGGGAAGAUGUUCUACGCCGUGGCCACCAAGAACGGCGUCCGGUACCGCGUCGGCGACGGCGUCUACCUCCUGCCCGACGCCUUCUCCUUCAGCGUGAAGCCGGCCAGCCCGGCCAAGAGGCCCAAGAAGGAGGCGGUGGACGAGGAGCUGCACCCCGAGCACUACCGGAAGUACUCGGAGUACAUCAAGGGCAGCAACCUGGACGCGCCCGACCCGUACCGGGUGGGCAGGGCUUACAACGCCAAAACCAAGAGCUUUGAGGAUCCUCCCAACCACGCCCGGAGCUCUGGGAACAAAGGGAAGGGGAAGGGGAAGGGGAAAGGGAAAGGCAAAGGGAAGCCGGUGAGCUCCGAGCAGAGCGAGGAACCGGCCGAGCUCAAACUUCCCAAGUUACGGACCCUGGACGUGUUCUCCGGCUGUGGGGGGUUGUCCGAGGGCUUCCACCAGAAAACCAACUCGCUGGGCCAGAAGCUGCCCCAGAAGGGGGACGUGGAGAUGCUCUGCGGGGGCCCCCCCUGCCAGGGCUUCAGCGGCAUGAACCGCUUCAACUCCCGCACCUACUCCAAGUUCAAGAACUCCCUGGUGGUCUCCUUCCUCAGCUACUGUGAUUAUUACCGGCCCCGCUUCUUCCUGCUGGAGAACGUCCGGAAUUUCGUGUCCUUCAAGCGUUCCAUGGUGCUCAAGCUCACCCUGCGCUGCCUCGUCCGCAUGGGCUACCAGUGCACCUUCGGGGUGCUCCAGGCCGGGCAGUACGGGGUGGCCCAGACCCGGCGCCGGGCCAUCGUCCUGGCGGCGGCUCCGGGCGAGAAGCUCCCGAUGUUCCCGGAGCCGCUCCACGUGUUCGCGCCGCGGGCGUGCCAGCUCAGCGUCGUCGUGGACGACAAGAAGUUCGUCAGCAACAUCACCAGGACGUAUUCCGGGCCCUUCCGCACCAUCACGGUGCGGGACACGAUGUCGGACCUGCCGGAGAUCCGGAACGGGGCCUCGGCCCUGGAGAUCUCCUACAACGGGGAGCCCCAGUCCUGGUUCCAGCGGCAGAUCCGCGGCUCCCAGUACCAGCCCAUCCUCAGGGAUCACAUCUGCAAGGUGGGGCGGGCGCGGGGGUGGGCUGGGAGCAACUGGGAGCAACUGGGGGCAACUGGGGGCAACUGGGAGAGGGUCGAGGGUGCUCCCGGGGGAGGGAUUGUCCCCAAG